UUCAGCGUGGAGUCGCUGCUGGAGGCGCAGCGUGGGCCGGGCCCGGAAUCCGCGGAGCCGGCUGAGGAGAGGCCACGGGGUGCCAAGGAGCCGGGGGCCUGGUUCCCGCCCGCCGCCCACGCGGGGUCCCCUCCAUGCGCCCGCAGCCCUCCGCCCUGCACCCUCCGGAAACACAAGACCAACCGCAAGCCGCGGACGCCCUUCACCACCGCACAGCUGCUGGCACUGGAGCGCAAGUUCCGGCAGAAGCGGUACCUGUCCAUCCCUGAGCGCGCCGAGUUCUCCAGCAGCCUGCGCCUCACCGAGACGCAGGUCAAGAUCUGGUUUCAAAACCGCCGGGCCAAGGCCAAGCGGCUCCAGGAGGCCGAGCUGGAGAAAAUGAAGCUGGCGUCCAAGCCACUGCUGCCCUCGUUCGCGCUGCCCUUCGCCCUGGGCGCGCACCUGCAGGCUUCCCCGGCCACGUACGGCGGCGCGGCGGGCGCCCUGCCCCCGGUGCCCGGGCUCUUCGCCACGCCCGUCGCCGCUUACGGCAUGUACUACCUGUCCUAG